AUUAAGCUUUCAAACUGAAUUUAUUUCUUGACUCUUACUCUGCGAACUACAUAUUGCUUGUUGCUUCGACUGUAAGUCUACGGCCGGCGAUAGCCUUGCCCCGACUGCCGAGUGUCGCCCUGAGAACUUUACGGCGGCGAUCAGACUGGCACUCUCUGUUCCUGGGGUUCAGCACUGCCCUGCUGUCUAGCAGAGGCUUAAUCGUUGACGAGUACAGUGGGAGCGUCGAGCAAGUUUUGGCCUCUUUUCCCGGAGAAGGAUGAAUUCAAAGAAGGUUGGUGGCAAGUCGUCUUUUGCUACUGCUGGUGGAGUUGGUACCGCCUUUAAGAAAUCAAACUUUGAAGCAUCUGGCUCUGUUAGUUGCUAUCCAAAACAUGAACAGCUGAGCAGUGAAAUGGGAGAUUUGACCAUCGAUCCUAUACAGAACGGUGAAUGGGAGGUAAUUGGGAAAAAGAAGAAUAAAGUUGGUUCUAUGGCUGGGAAGCAAUGGAGUUCAAAUUCUGCUCCUAAAGCAUGGGUUCAGCCUGGAACUGGGAGAUCUUCUUCUACUGGUGGGGCUAAUUCUGGUGAUUCUCGACUGGCAGUUGGCAGGUGGAAUCCAAAGCAACAAUCAGGGACUAGAAAUUGUGAAACUGCUAAUAUGACUCCAAAUCCUUCUAACAUACCCCCGCCUUUGCAACAUGGUUGGAAUUGGGGUGCAAGAGGGGGUUCUGCUGUUAAUCUUCAAAAGAAUGAGAACAUCUCCACAAGUUCUGUUGUGGACCCCACAAACAAUCAACCUGAGGGUGUUUCAGAUGAUGAUGACUAUGAUACUCUAGUGGACGGAAGUGAUGAGGAGUUUUCCGAUGACUAUGAUUCUGAUGCUAGCCAGAGGAGUCAUGAGACUCGAAAAAGGAAUAAGUGGUUGAAGGGAUUCUUUGAAAAUCUGGAUAAGCUGUCGGUGGAUGAGAUGGGCGAACAAACCAGACAAUGGCACUGCCCAGCAUGCCAUAAUGGUCCUGGUGCUAUCGACUGGUAUGAUGGCCUCCAACCCUUGAUGACACAUGCAAAGACAAAAAGAUCAACAAGACCUAGGCUUCAUCGGGAGCUUGCUCUACUUUUGGAUGAAGAGCUUCGUAGGAGGGGAACUUCAGUCAUUCCAGCUGGUGAAGCAUUUGGUAAGUGGAAGGGCCUACGGGAGUCAACAACUGAUCGUGAAAUUGUGUGGCCUCCCAUGGUGAUUGUUAUGAACACAAAACUUGAGAAAGAUGAGAAUGAUAAG